AUGCCGAGCGAAGUUGCAACUCUUCAAUUUCUAAACAAGGCAAAAGUCCCUUCUCGAAGAUAUUCGAUUAUCUUCUAUGUACAUGGGGAGACUCCUGUUGGAGCCAGAUACACCCUUAUGGGAAAACUCCAAGGAAAGUCACUGCGCUGGUCUCCAGCUUCUCCAGAGCAAAGGACGAAAAUACUUCCUCUCGGGCCUUACAGUAAUCCUAGGGACUAUCUUCGCACCAGCAUUGAAAUCAAUCUGGACUUUGAUGACGGACAAUUCUACAUGAGGCAUGCACACGGCCAAGGAGAUCACAUUCUUAUUGAUGUUGACUAUAAACAUCACAGAAUCGUCGACUGGGAAUGGGCUUACACCGAACCAAAAUCUGCAGCUUUUAAAUCCAAUAUUAUACUUCUUUCAGUUGCGGACUUUUGCAAUGGAGCCAACUGCAUUGGCGAGGAGGAAUCAACAUUUGCAACUAAUUAA